AUGUCCGGCAAGAACAUCAUUGCUGUUGUAGGGAGCACAGGUAAUCAAGGCGGCUCUGUCGCGGAGACCUUCCUCGCCUUACCCGAAUGGCACGUUCGUGGCCUCACUCGGGAUCCCAAAAAGCCUUCAUCGGCUGUCUGGAAAGACAAGGGUGUCGAACUUGUAGCAGGUGACCUCAACAGCGUCUCGAGCUUGACCAAAGCCUUCUCAGGAGCCAACGUGGUUUUCGGCACCACGGACUUUUGGGGUCUCAUGCAAGACGGUUCUGUACACCAGGAAGCGAAGACGCGCGGCAUCACGCCUAAUGAAGUAGCAUACGAGCGCGAGGUUCAACACGCCAAGAACAUUGUUGACGCUGCGGUUGCGAAUAUCGAUACCCUGGAUCGCUUCGUAUUGAGUACUCUGAACGACAGCAAGUACUGGAGUAAAGGGCUUAUUACGUUUAACUUGCACUUCGACGCUAAGUGGGUUGCCGUAGAGUAUCUAAAAGAGAAGUAUCCUGAGCUGUGGGAGAAGACGAGUCUGUUGCAGCUAGGGUUCUAUGCGUCGAAUUGGAAGACGAAUGGUACUUCGCUGCCGACGAAGACGGACACCAAGGGAGAAUACGUCUUGAGCAUGCCUAUGGGUGGCGAUAGCAAGGUGGCUAUCUCAGACGUCAAUGCUGAUACAGGUUCGUUUAUUCCCUACUUCCUAUCCGGUCCUCUCCUCUCUAGAAAAUCACACAUGUAAG